AAACGCGUCGCGUCGACGCGUUCGUGCGAGAGCGACACCCAACUUGCUGCUUGCUGCUUGCUAGCUCGAGCUGAUCCUCGCGAAGUCGGUCAUCUCGUACCCUUCCAACCUUGUAGCUUGCAGACCAAAGUUCACAGGAUCCAUCACCUCAUCCUGGUUCAUACAGACUCGGACCUACAUCUAGUAAAGAACCCUCGUCAAGAUGCCCGUACCAAUGCCUGCUCAAGGCCUCCAGAUGGAAGACGAUGCCAAGUCCCCCGAGGUCAUGCUCGCGUUCUACCGUCGGCUAUUCCCGUACAAACCGUUCUUCCUCUGGCUUAACCAGGAGCAUGUACCUUCCCGACUCUUUACGCACCGGGAAUUCGCAUUCACGCUAGGGGAAUCGACCUAUGUCCGAUAUAACAGCUUCAACAAUGUCGAGGAUUUCAAGAAGGAAAUCUUGAGGGCGAAUCCUACCCGUUUCGAGAUAGGACCGAUCUACAACGUUCGGCCACGAGACCGUAAAUCGGUUCCUCAGCACGUCCUUCGUCCAGAACUUCGAGAACUCGUCUUUGAUAUCGACAUGACGGAUUAUGACGAGGUCAGGACGUGUUGUUCCGGAGGAAACAUAUGUCGGAGAUGUUGGGGAUUCAUCGCUGCGGCAGUCAAGGUGUUGGACCAGAGCUUGAGAGAAUCGUUCGGCUUCAAGCAUCUCCUUUGGGUCUACUCUGGACGACGAGGAAUUCAUUGCUGGAUAUCGGAUCGACAUGCGCUAUCCCUGACGGACGAUCAGAGGAGGAGCCUGGUGCAGUUUCUCGAAGUCGUCAAGGGAGGCAAGGAGGUCGCGAAAAAGGUCAAUGUCAGGAAUGGGAACGAUAUCGGGCCGCUGAAUGCCAAUAUCGAGCACGCUCUCGAUACGAUCAAGGCGGAUUUCGUGCGGAUCGCCUUGAUGGACCAGAACUGCUUUGCCGAAGAGAAGGGGACCGAGACGUUGCUGACCUUGUUGUCGGUGGAUCGAGAUACUGCCGAUUCAUGGCGACGGAAAUGGUCGUCUUCGGGCGUCUCUAGCAUGGACAAGUGGCAGGAAAUCAUGUCGUACGGUGCCAAAUUGAUGAAGGCGGGUGCGAACUCUGCUGCUUUUCGAAAGUUCUCAAAUUCUACAGAAGAUCUCAUCCUUCAAUACAUGUACCCGCGGAUCGACGCAGAGGUCUCAAAACGCAGGAACCAUUUGCUGAAGAGUCCCUUCGUCAUCCACCCCGGCACAGGGAGAGUGUGUGUUCCUGUGGAAGUUAGCAAGGUCGAUGAUUUCGAGCCUACUGCGGUACCAACAGUCGGACAGCUAUUGCGCGAACUUGACCGACCUGCAGGGAACGUAGCAGUCAAGGGCGAGGACGGACAGGACGAGGCAAGAAAGCUAGAGCAUGACUAUGAGAGGACGAGCCUCAAGCCGUAUAUCGAUCUCUUCGAGAAGCACGUCUCAGCCGUCAUGCGGGACAAUCGCGAAGCCAAGAAGGUCGUUCAGGACAGCAAAGUGUCACUCGACUUCUGAUCAGUGAAAGCAGUUGUAAAGUAAAGUCGUUCAUCCAUCAUCAUUAUACCUCGCUCGAGCCGAAGUUGCAUUGGUGGUCAUUUGUGAUGCGUGCUGCUAAUGCGAUUCGAAAUGAUUUGGA